AGGAAGGUCAUUAUACGAAGCAGUGUAAUUUGCUGCUUUCUCAUAUUUGUUCACGUUCAUUUUCAUUCAUCUUUUGCUACGUGUAUUCGUGAACAUUCUAUCAUUUAUCACUCGAUAUUUCUUUUAUAUUUUUCUACCUGUUUAUGGAUAUUUUUUAGUUAAUUCAUCAUUUUUGUCGUAUAGCAAUUGUAAAAGUAAAGAUACGUUUAGGUUAACUUACUCGCAAGGAAUUACCUUUUAUACAGGACUUUGAUACUAAUCAUUCAUUUUACUCAAGUAUAACAUCUUGUAUUACGCAUACCUGCACUGGACUUAAUAACAAUUUAUUACAUUCUAAUAAGUUCAGUAUUAUGAAAGGGGUUGGAAAAACAAGUAUGAUUAUCCGUUAUGUUGGGAAGGCGUUUAACGAACAUGUAAAUCCUACGAUAGGUGCAUCAUUCUUUACAUGUAAAUUAAAUGUGGACAAUGCGAAAAUAAUGUUACAGGUGUGGGAUACAGCGGGACAAGAAAGAUUCAGAUCAAUGGCACCGAUGUACUAUCGAAACGCUAACGCGGCUAUGCUAGUGUUUGAUUUAACUCAAUAUAACACGUUUGCAGCAAUGAAAGGAUGGGUAACCGAACUUCGUAGGAACGUUGAAGAAGCUAUAGUGUUGGUUGUGAUAGGAAAUAAAUCGGAUUUGAUAAAAGAACGACAAGUCGAUGCCGAAGAGGGUAAAGUUUACGCGACAAAAAUCGGUGCAAGUUACCAUGAAACAUCGGUGCUUCAAAACGAAGGGAUCGAAAACGUAUUUUUAGAUAUCGGUAUGAGUCUUCUUACAUUAUCUUCGACCAAACAGGAUUCUAUGUCCAUCAGAGUAUACGAAUCAAGAAAUUCGAUUUGGAACGGUACAGAUGUCUCGGUUACACCGUCUCUCGAGGAAUGCCCUCAAAAUCUUAGCAUUGCUCAUGGAAUACACGAAAGACCGUACACUUGCUGUUAGUCUUUUCUCAUUGAUAAUUCUUGAAUUGUACCGUGCUAUACGUAUACAUACAUAUAUAGUGUAGCCUUGCACUUUUUUUUCUUUUUUUUUUUAAAGAAUUAAACUCCAAUUUAACGUGGAAGAUUAUACCUAUUCUUUUUCUGUUUUUUCCUCUUUUUCUUUUUUUUUUUUUCUUGCAUACUCACUGUUCUUUUUCUUUUAUGUUCGCUCUCGCGCGUGCACAUAUGCACACACUUGUAAAUAUGUAUUCACACUCUCAAUCGGUGAAUAGGAACGACACUCGUAAAUUCAAAUAGGAUCGAUGUCUUCCAUAAAUAUAAGAUAAAAAUGAUGAUAACUGCCUUAGUGUCGUGUAUUUAGUACUUUUACAAUGUUUUUAAUAAAAUUGAAUAAUAUUUCA